AUGAGUAACGAGGAGUCAUAUACAGUCGAUGGGAAAGCGGUGACUGAUGAGCCCCUCAAAAUGGAUGCAGAGAAACAAUUAUCGGCAAAGGACCUCGAGCCCUUUGGCAAUGAAGAGACGGCGGAGGUCAAAUAUCGGACCAUGAAGUGGUGGCACUGUGGAAUGCUCAUGAUCGCAGAGAAUGUCUCGGUGGGAAUUCUUUCUCUACCCUCCGCAGUGGCCACCCUUGGAAUGGUUCCCGCUGCAAUUAUGAUUCUGUUCAUAUCUGCCCUUUCAUGGUAUACGGGCUAUGCCAUUGGCCAAUUUAAACUCCGUCAUCCCGAGAUUCACAGCAUGGGAGAUGCUGGCGAGCUCUUGAUGGGCAGUUUCGGCCGCGAGUUGCUGGGACUCGGCCAGCUACUGCUGUUAAUAUUUCUCAUGGCGAGCAACAUAUUGAUGUUUAACAUCCUGAUGAAUGUGCUGACAGAUCACGGCACCUGCACUUUGGUCUUUGGUGUCGUUGGACUUGUCAUCUGUUUCAUGGGUGCCUUGCCACGUACGAUGGAUAAGGUCUACUGGAUGUCCGUUGCUUCAUUUGCGAGUGUUUUCGCUGCGACAGUAGUCACCAUGAUCACUGCGGGCGUGGAAAGCAAAGGCCAUAUCCCGAUCCAAGUCACCACGAUAGUCAACUUCCGCGAGGGCUUUCUGGCAGUGACCAACAUCAUUUUCGCUUACCCUAUUGCCGAAAUGGACCGAGUUAACUCUAGAACCAAUCUUGUAGUCGCCCACGUUGCGUACUUUGGCUUCAUGUCCGAGACCGAGGACCCCCGAACCUUCAACAAGUCUCUUGCAAUGCUCCAGAUUGUUGACACGGUUUUGUACCUGAUUAGUGCAUUGAUCAUCUAUCGCUACGUGGGACCAAACGUCCAGUCGCCUGCCAUCUUAUCUCUGAGUCCCGUGAUGAGGAAGAUCGCUUGGGGACUUGCCAUUCCGACGACUAUACUUUCCGGAGUCGUCUUGGGCCAUGUCGCAUGUAAAUACAUCUACGUGCGCCUUUUCCGCGGGUCCGACAAAAUGCAUAGCCGUAGCCUUCUAUCAAUUGGGUCUUGGGUCAUGAUCUGUCUCGCGGUCUGGAUCCUAUCGUGGGUUGUGGCGGAAUCGAUUCCCGUGUUCAAUGACCUGCUGAGUCUCAUUAGUGCGCUAUUUGGAAGUUGGUUCAGCUUCGGACUCCCUGCCAUCUUUUGGCUCCAUAUGAACCAGGGCCAAUACUUUCGGAAUAUAAAAAAGAUCCUGUUGACGAUAUGCAAUGUUCUGAUCUUGGGCAUUGCCUGCGCUAUUUGCGGACUAGGUCUAUGGGUGUCAGGGGUCGCGAUUCACAAGGACUCUGGCGCCAAAACAUACGACUCGAAAAAGGGCGUUUCGUUCUAA